CACAGACACAAGGUCACUCAACCCCAUACUUUCAGUAAUUUUGUCAAGAACCUUACAUUCUGACAUCGUCAACAGCAUCUCGCGGAACUUUCGCAACCUAUCCACAUCGCUCAUCAAACCACUGUCAGUUCCCGCUGCCCGCAUCGAGUCCUCCUGCGUCUCCUUUGCUGCAACCUGGCCUGGUCCUAACCCUUAUCAUAGCGCAUUAACGCACAGCUUUUGCUACCCAACCAAGCUCCUUUUCAGCCGUCAAUAUGUCUGCCCAGGAUCGCGUCCAGAACUACAUCGGCCAGCUCGACCGUGAGCUGUCCAAGUACCCCGCCUUGAACAACAUCGAGAAGUCGACCAACGUUCCCAAGGCCUACGCCGUCAUCGGCGUUGCUUCCCUCUACUUCUUCCUGAUCAUCUUCAACUUGGGCGGUCAGCUCUUGACCAACUUUGCCGGCUUCGUCAUCCCCGGUUACUACUCCCUGAACGCCCUGUUCACCGCCAGCAAGCAGGAUGAUACCCAGUGGUUGACAUACUGGGUCGUCUUUGCCUUCUUCACCGUUGCCGAGAGCCUUGUCAACGUUGUCUACUGGUUCCCCUUCUACUUCACCUUCAAGUUUGUCUUCCUGCUGUGGCUCGCUCUGCCCACCUUCCGUGGUGCUGAGGUUAUCUUCAACUCCUUCCUCUCCCCCAUGCUCGCCAAGCACUUCGCCGGUGCCUCCACCGCUUCCGGCCUCCGCGCCCAGGCUGGUAAGGCCGAGUAAGUGCGCCCCAGCGCCAGCUCAUCAAACAGGUUGAUUGCCUUGAGAGAUCCGCCUUGGAAGAGUUAUACAGCUGGCCCGGCUUCAUCCCAGUGGUAAUCGCAAAGCUAGUCAAAUGGACGUUAUGCAGCGACCUAGAGCACAAAGAAGACGGGAUGGAGUGUCAGAGGCUAGCAUUACCACACUAUAAGACAACGGUGAUGGCUUGUUUAGGUUUGGUCGGGGGCUCCAGGAACGCAAGAGCCACGACGAACGGUUGAACCAGUUCCUGUUACCCAACUAAAGUUACUGUAUGCUACUGAAUACGGAGUCAAUGACUUCUGCAAUGGACUAGAGACAGUACUCGAUGCUAAGAAACUAUCGUGCGACAUGCGUUGCCAC